AGGUCCGCGAACGCGCGCUUCCAAACUUACCUUUUUAUUUUUUUCACAGCCUCGUAAGUAGAUUUAUAAUCUGUGCGGAUUCGCGCGCUUUUGCUUAUUGUGUGUGAUUGUUUUGCGUAAGUAAUUCGAAUUUCGAACAAACUUUGAUGAACUAAAAUGGCCGCGGUUAACGGCAAAGAUUCAAAUGACGUUCCACCGUCGUCUAUGAUUCGGCGUGUCAGCUCCCGCUCAAUCCGAAACUCGGUCUCGGAUGAAAAAGAAAAUGGCGACGCGUGUCCUAAGGGAUCGUUUGUCGGCAAGUUCAAGAAAGCUCCCGAAGCGCUGAAGAAUUUCCACAACAAUGAUGCUGAAAGUGACCUGGAGAUUCCUGGCACACCAAUGACUCCGCGUACAUCUACAACACCUGGUCAUGAGAAGUGCACUUUCCACCAUGAUCUGGAGUUGGACCACAGACCACCUACCAGGGAGGCUCUUUUACCUGAUAUGGCGAACUCCUAUCGCCUUCUACUUACCGGUUUGGGAGAGGAUCCUGAGAGGGAAGGCCUUCUGAAGACACCAGAAAGAGCUGCUAAAGCUAUGCUUUUCUUCACUAAGGGAUACGACCAAAGUUUAGAAGAGGUUUUAAACAACGCAAUCUUCGACGAAGAUACAGAUGAAAUGGUUGUUGUUAAAGACAUCGAAAUGUUCUCAAUGUGUGAACAUCAUUUGGUGCCAUUCUACGGGAAGGUCUCCAUUGGUUAUUUGCCGCAAGGAAAGAUUCUGGGACUUAGCAAGCUGGCAAGGAUCGUAGAGAUAUACUCUCGUCGACUACAAGUACAGGAGCGUCUUACCAAGCAGAUUGCCAUCGCUGUCACUCAAGCAGUUCGUCCCGCAGGCGUUGCUGUGGUCAUUGAAGGAGUGCACAUGUGUAUGGUUAUGCGUGGUGUACAGAAGAUAAACAGUAAGACCGUUACAUCCACCAUGUUGGGGGUCUUCCGCGACGACUCCAAGACUCGUGAGGAAUUCCUCAACCUCGUCCACUCCAAGUGAGGCCUUUUGUGAGGACGUUCGUUUUGUUUUAGACAGCCUUACAUUAUCAAAUUCUUUAGAUCUGAAUAGAUACAUGACGAGCUCAAAUACAUACGAAAUAGUAAAUUUAAUAAUAUAUGUAUUAUUAUAUUAUGUUCUAUCGCUAGAGCUUUCAUCGAUUUUAACAAAAUCUAACGCAAAAGAUACAAUUCUGAGUAAAAGUCAAAGUAUGUAGCUAUAAUUAUAACACUCUAUUAUUGCAAAUUAAACCAUACUGCCUUAACGUAAGGUUUAAUUGAUAAAUCUCUUAAUUCGAAUUAGUACAAAACAAAUAUACCUGCCAUAAUUUCUUGAGUAAAUAUAAACUUCGCAACACUUGUCUUCUACCGCCUUUAUCAUUAUCACGGGAAGUGUUCCGAAAAGCUGUUUAACUUGAUAUCUGCCGCGGAAUUGCAUCUGCGCACUACACGCCACAAAAUAGAAUAUCGACCCUCCAUCUCGAUAUCUGGUGUUCCUCCAUUGUGCAGUUUUCAAGGAACUUUCCACUACUUACAAGCGAACUGUGGAAUGAGCUUUUUUGUGCGGUGUUUCAGGAUUAUACGUCAUAGGUAACCUUCAAAAAAAGCGCAAACAUAUUUCUCAAAGGUCGGCAGCGGUCCAAUGAUUCCUCCUUGGUUGCUCUUGCAACCGUGGCACUGAACCGUAGCACCUGUAGGUGACCCGUAUGCUCUUCUAUAAAAACACAUAUUUUGCUAUCGAACCAGUUACAAUGACGUUUGACAGCAGACGGAUUUUUUUUAUAAUUGGAUUAUUUUGGACUAUUACAUGCAGGAGAUUUUUAUUUAUUCAUUUAUAUUAACCCAGACGUUUAAUUUAAGUACAAAUACGUAACAAUAUUAAGAAAUUAAAUGAGAAAUAGAAGAAUUUGAUAAUUUAGGAUAAUAUAAUUUUUUUUAUUUUUGUAAAUUUAAAUUUCAUUUUACUAUUUCUCUGUUGUUGCUUUUGUUGCCGUAUUUUUCUAAUUUUAUGUUUAAUACAGUUAAUUAUAAAUUAAGAAAACUUUGCUUGAAACGAACGCCCAAAAUACUAUUUAAGUUAUCUUUGUCUAGGUUAAUUUGUUACUGAUAUCAUCUUUAAACGUAAGCCUAACAUUGACAUAGACACUGACUUUAGAGUUAACAUUCCUAUGAAUCGAUUCGUGCCAAAUUAUUGUAAUCGUAUGAGAAUUCGUUGUAACUGUUAAGGAAAAUACUACCAUCGGUGCGUUUGGAUAUAUUAUUGAAAUUUUGGAAAAUCUUUUCGUUAUACAAUUUUUUUUAAUAAUAAUUUAAUCUUUAUAUUUGUAUAUUUUGACAAUAAUAUUCAAGAAAUACGAUUAUUAUUGCCCAAAUCGUAUUUCUUGAAAGGAAAUAAGUAGAAUAUUACAUUUUUUUUGUAAAAAUCUCAAGCAAAUGGCUGACGCUUGAAAUUUUUACUCGUAAGUAAUACAUACACGUUGCCUUAAAUUACGAAUUUUAUACGUUAUAAUAUAAAAAUGUAUGAUUGAUAUAUUUUAUUUUAUAAAUAAAGUUUUUAUUUUAAGUUA